AUGCCGCUGGAGCCGGAGUGGCAGAGGUCACGGGUUGUCGCUGAGACAAGGGAGACUGUGUAUUUUACAGAUGAGAGGCCGACAACCGAUCCCGACUUGGCUGCCGGCCAGCAUCUCAACUUCAGCCGACGGUUCGGGACGAGGCCCCUUAGCCAAAACAGGCAAUGGCACCCCAUCAUCGACACGUUGAUUGGUCAGGUCCUGCGAGCAACCAGCCUGUGA